AUGGGGGUAUUAUGGCUGGCCAGGUUCAUGCUGGGAUGUACAGCAGUUAUGUAUGUGGAACAAGCCCAGGGUCAAUAUGAAGGGGACUUGCAGACAGACAGAUUUGCAGGCUACGAGGAAAGACAGCCAGCAAACAGAGUGAGAAGAAGAGGCCAAGACACUUUGCGAGGACCCAAUGUCUGUGGCUCGAGGUUCCACUCCUACUGCUGCCCCGGCUGGAAAACGCUGCCCGGAGGGAACCAGUGCAUUGUCCCAAUUUGCAGGAAUUCUUGUGGUGAUGGAUUUUGUUCACGGCCAAACAUGUGUACGUGCUCCAAUGGACAACUUUCUCCCAACUGUGGCUCAGCUGGAGUCCAAACCUGCAACGUGAGAUGCAUGAAUGGUGGGAGCUGCAACGAGGAGUCCUGCCUCUGCCAGAAGGGCUACACUGGGACAUACUGUGGACAGCCUGUGUGUGAAAACGGCUGUCAGAAUGGAGGUCGGUGCAUCGGACCAAACCGUUGUGCUUGUGUCUAUGGAUUCACGGGUCCCCAGUGUGAGAGAGACUAUCGUACUGGUCCCUGCUUCAGCCAAGUAAAUAACCAGAUGUGCCAGGGCCAACUCAGCGGGAUCGUCUGCACCAAGACCAUGUGUUGUGCCACCAUUGGACGGGCCUGGGGUCACCCAUGUGAGAUGUGCCCUGCCCAACCUCACCCCUGCCGCCGAGGUUUCAUUCCCAACAUUCGUACUGGAGCCUGCCAAGAUGUGGAUGAAUGUCAAGCCAUUCCUGGCCUCUGUCAAGGUGGUAACUGCAUCAACACAGUGGGUUCUUAUGAGUGCAAAUGCCCAGCGGGACACAAGCAGAGCGAGACCAGCCACAGAUGUGAAGAUGUGGAUGAGUGUGGCGCAAUCGCUGGCGUGUGUGAUGGCGGCGAGUGCACCAACACAGCGGGCAGCUACGUGUGCACGUGUCCCCGUGGUUUCAUGACCAGCCCUGAUGGAUCACGCUGCAUUGACCAGCGGAUUGGGACGUGUUUCUCUGCUCUGAUUGGGGGCCGCUGUGCUGGGGACCUCCCUGGCCAGUACACCAAGAUGCAGUGCUGCUGUGACUCAGGGCGUUGCUGGGCCAUUGGCCAGACUCCAGAGAUGUGCCCUGUCCGGGGGUCUGAUGAGUACCGCAGGCUUUGCAUCGAAGGACUCCCAGUCGUGCCAGGGUUCCCUGGGAGCUUUCCAGGAAUUCCUGGAUUCGGGCCCAAUGGUGUUGGGCCGGGACUCAAUGGGCCCGGAGGCAUCGGACCAAAUGGGGCAAAUGGACAAGGCGGGAUCCCAGGUCUGCCUGGAAUGGGCCCAGGAAGUUCAAGCAUUGGAACCGCCACUUUGAAUCAGACCAUCGACAUCUGCAAGCAUUUCACUAACCUCUGCCUGAACGGACGCUGCAUCCCCACCCCGUCCAGCUACCGCUGCGAGUGCAACAUGGGCUACAAGCAGGACGUGCGCGGAGAGUGCAUUGAUGUGGAUGAGUGCUCCAGCAGCCCCUGCGUGCACGGCGACUGCGUGAACACACCUGGCUCCUACCACUGCAAGUGUCACGAAGGCUUCCAGAGCACCCCCACAAAGCAGGCUUGCAUCGAUAUUGAUGAGUGCAUCAUGAAUGGAGUGAUGUGUAGGAACGGCCGCUGCGUUAACACCGAUGGCAGCUUCCAGUGUAUCUGCAACGCUGGCUUUGAAAUCACCCCCGAUGGCAAGAACUGCGUUGAUCACGAUGAAUGCGCCACGACCAACAUGUGCCUCAAUGGGAUGUGUAUCAAUGAGGACGGCAGCUUCAAAUGCAUCUGCAAGCCCGGUUUUGUGCUGGCUCCCAACGGGCGGUACUGUGUCGACAUCGACGAGUGCGAGACACCGGGAAUCUGUAUGAACGGCUGGUGCAUUAACACCGAGGGCUCCUUCCGCUGCGAGUGCCUCGGGGGCCUGGCGAUCGGGGUGGACGGCCGAGUCUGUGUGGACACUCACAUGCGCAGCACCUGCUAUGGAGGCAUUAAAAAGGGCACGUGCGCUCGUCCCUUUCCGGGAGCAGUCACCAAGUCCGAGUGCUGCUGUGCUAACCCAGACCAUGGCUUCGGAGAGCCCUGCCAACCCUGUCCGGCCAAAAACUCUGCUGAAUUCCAGGCUCUCUGCAGCAGCGGCAUUGGAAUAACAGCUGACGGGAGAGACAUCAAUGAAUGUGCCCUCAACCCAGACAUCUGCCCCAACGGCAUGUGCGAGAACCUGCGUGGGAGCUACCGCUGCAUCUGCAACCUGGGCUACGAGUCGGAUCCCACGGGCAAGAACUGCGUGGACGUUGAUGAAUGCACUGUCAACCGUUUGCUGUGCGACAAUGGACUGUGCCGCAACACACCCGGCAGCUACACCUGCACCUGCCCCAAGGGCUUUGUCUUCAGGACGGAGACAGAUACCUGUGAAGAUAUCAACGAGUGCACCUCUAACCCUUGUGUGAACGGCGUCUGCAGGAACAACGCCGGCUCCUUUGCUUGUGAGUGCUCCCCAGGGAGCAAGCUGGACCCCAGCGGCACCAUCUGCGUGGACAGCAUGAAAGGCACGUGCUGGCUCAACAUCCAGGACGGGCGUUGCGAGGUGAACAUCAACGGGGCCACGCUGAAGUCGGAGUGCUGUGCCACGCUGGGGGCAGCGUGGGGCAGCCCCUGCGAGCGCUGUGAGAUCGAUACCGCCUGUCCCCGGGGAUAUGCUAGGAUGAAGGGGGUCACAUGUGAAGAUGUAAAUGAAUGCGAGGUCUUCCCUGGCGUCUGCCCAAACGGACGCUGUGUGAACACAGCUGGAUCCUUUCGGUGCGAGUGUCCAGAAGGUCUGACCCUUGACGGCACUGCUAGGACGUGUGUGGAUGUGCGUGUGGAACAGUGCUACAUGAAAUGGGAUGAAGAUGAGUGCACGGAGCCUCUGCCAGGCAAGUACCGGAUCGACAUGUGCUGCUGUUCAGUGGGCUCAGCCUGGGGCAUCGACUGUGAAGAAUGUCCCAAGGUCGGCUCCAGCGAGUACAAGGCCAUCUGCCCAAGAGGACCUGGCUUUGCCAACCGAGGAGACGUACUUUCAGGAAGACCCUUCUACAAAGAUGUGAAUGAAUGUAAGGUCUUCUCUGGCCUCUGCACUCAUGGGACCUGUCGAAACACCAUCGGCAGCUUCAGGUGUAUCUGUGGCAAUGGUUUUGCUUUGGAUGCUGAGGAAAGAAACUGCACAGACAUCGAUGAGUGCCGCAUCUCACCAGACCUGUGUGGCCACGGCACCUGUGUCAACACGCCAGGCAGCUUCGAGUGCGAGUGCUUCGAAGGCUACGAGAGUGGCUUCAUGAUGAUGAAGAACUGCAUGGAUAUCAAUGAGUGUGAGCGGGACCCACUGCUGUGCCGAGGUGGGAUCUGCAUGAACACAGACGGCAGCUUUGAAUGCAUCUGCCCCCCCGGACAUGAGCUGACUUCCGAAGGGAACACUUGCAUAGAUAUCAACGAAUGCUCCCUUAGUGACAACCUGUGUCGCAACGGACGCUGCGUCAAUGUCAUUGGUACCUACCAGUGCGCGUGUGAUUCGGGCUUCCAGGCCACACUGGACAGGCAGGGCUGUGUCGACAUUGAUGAGUGCACCAUAACCAAUGGCGGCUGUGACACACACUGCUCCAACUCGGAGGGCAGCUACGAGUGCAGCUGCAGCGAAGGCUACGCAUUGAUGCCGGACAAGAGAUCGUGUGCAGAUAUUGAUGAAUGUGAGGAUAAUCCCGACAUCUGUGAUGGUGGGCAGUGCACUAACAUCCCUGGGGAGUACCGCUGCCUCUGCUUCGAUGGCUUCAUGGCAUCCCUGGACAUGAAGACCUGUAUUGAUGUGAACGAAUGUGAUCUCAAUCCCAACAUCUGCCUGCACGGCGAGUGUGAAAACACAAAGGGUUCCUUCAUCUGUCACUGCCAGCUGGGCUACUUCGUCAAGAAGGGAACCACAGGCUGCACAGACAUUGAUGAAUGCGAGAUCGGGGCUCACAACUGCGACAUGCACGCCUCCUGCAUCAACGUGCCCGGGAGCUUCAAAUGCAAGUGUCGCACAGGCUGGCUUGGAGAUGGGCUGAAGUGCAACGACCUGGACGAGUGUGCAACUGAAGAGCACAAGUGCAACCUGAAUGCCAACUGCGUCAACACACCGGGCUCCUACCGCUGCGCCUGCCGAGAAGGCUUCAACGGGGAUGGCUUCUCCUGCUCAGAUGUGGACGAGUGUGCGGACAAUGUGAACCUGUGUGAGAAUGGACAGUGUCUCAAUGCACCGGGAGGUUACCGCUGCGAGUGUGAGAUGGGCUUCAAUCCCACAGAGGACAGCAAGGCCUGCCAGGACAUCGACGAAUGCACCUUCCAGAAUAUCUGUGUCUUUGGGACCUGCCAGAACCUGCCUGGGAUGUUCCGCUGCGCCUGUGAUGAUGGCUAUGAACUGGACAGGAGUGGAGGCAACUGCACAGACAUCAAUGAAUGUGCAGACCCCGUCAACUGUAUCAACGGCCUGUGUGUCAACACCCCUGGCAGCUACCUGUGCAACUGUCCCCAGGACUUCGAGCUGAACCCCACCGGUGUGGGCUGUGUGGAUACCCGGGUCGGGAACUGCUUCCUGGACACCCAGGAUCGAGGAGAUGGGGGCAUCUCCUGCAGCGCAGAGAUUGGAGUUGGGGUCACUCGGGCAUCCUGCUGCUGCUCGCUGGGUCGUGCGUGGGGCAACCCCUGCGAGCUUUGUCCUCCAGCCAACACGACCGAGUACAAGACCUUGUGCCCUGGCGGGGAAGGUUUCCGACCCAACCCCAUCACUGUCAUCCUGGAAGAUAUCGACGAGUGCCAGGAGCUGCCGGGCCUCUGCCAGGGCGGCAACUGCGUGAACACUUUUGGCAGCUUCCAGUGUGAGUGCCCCCUUGGCUACUACCUCAACGAGGACACACGCAUCUGUGAAGAUAUCGAUGAGUGCUCUGCUCACAUUGGGAUCUGCGGCCCUGGGACCUGCUACAACACCCUCGGCAACUACACCUGCGUGUGUCCCCCUGAGUACAUGCAAGUCAACGGUGGAAAUAACUGCAUGGACAUGAGGAAGAGCGUGUGCUAUCGCAACUACAACGACACGUGUGAGAACGAGCUCUCCUUCAACAUGACCAAGAAGAUGUGCUGCUGCUCCUACAACAUCGGCAAGGCUUGGAACAAGCCGUGUGAGCCCUGCCCCACACCAGCCAGCCCCGAGUACCAGAUCCUGUGUGGGAACCAGGCCCCCGGGUUCAUCAUCGACAUCCACACGGGGAAGCCGAUCGAUAUUGAUGAGUGCAGUGAGAUCCCCGCUAUCUGCACGAACGGUGUCUGCAUCAACCAAAUCGGCAGCUUCAGGUGCGAGUGUCCCAUUGGAUUCAGCUAUAACAACAUCCUGCUCAUCUGCGAAGACAUCGAUGAGUGCAGCAGUGGGGAGAACCUCUGCCAGCGCAACGCCGACUGCAUCAACAUCCCGGGCAGUUACAGGUGCGAAUGCUCAACCGGAUACAAGCUGUCGCCUAGCGGAGCCUGCGUGGGUCGCAACGAAUGCCAGGAGAUCCCCAACGUCUGCAGCCAUGGGGACUGCGUUGACACCGAGGGCAGCUAUGUCUGCAUCUGCCACAACGGCUUCAAGGCCACGGGGGAGCAGACCAUGUGCAUGGAUAUCGACGAGUGUGACCGACAGCCCUGUGGAAACGGGACCUGCAAGAACACAGUUGGCUCCUACAACUGCCUCUGCUUCCCUGGCUUUGAGCUAACGCACAAUAACGACUGCAUGGACAUUGAUGAGUGUUCAUCCCUGGUGGGGCAGGUGUGUCGAAACGGGCAGUGCAUCAACAGCAUCGGCUCCUUCCAGUGCUUGUGCCAAGAGGGGUAUGACCGGACCCCUGAUGGGAAGAACUGUGUAGACAUCAACGAGUGCGUGAGCCUGCCUGGGACCUGCUCCCCGGGCACCUGCCAGAACCUGGAGGGCUCCUUCCGCUGUAUCUGCCCCCCUGGGUACGAGGUGCAGAACGACAACUGCAUCGAUAUCAAUGAGUGUGAAGAGGAGCCCAACAUCUGCCUCUUCGGGACAUGCACCAAUACCCCUGGCAGCUUCCAGUGUGUCUGUCCUCCGGGCUUUGUGUUGUCUGAUAACGGCCGACGGUGCUUUGAUACUCGCCAGAGCUUCUGCUUCACUCGCUUUGACAACGGAAAGUGCUCUGUCCCCAAGGCCUUCAACACCACCAAGGCUCGGUGUUGCUGCAGCAAGAUGCCAGGAGAAGGCUGGGGAGACCCCUGUGAGCUGUGCCCGCAGGAAGGAAACGUUGCCUUCCAGGAGCUAUGUCCAUAUGGCCAUGGAGCCAUCCCAGGCCCAGGUGACACCCGAGAAGAUGUUAAUGAGUGCUCAGAGAACCUGGGUGUCUGCAUAAACGGAGCCUGCAUCAACACUGAUGGGUCCUUCCGCUGCGAGUGCCCCUUUGGGUACAACCUGGACUACACAGGAGUCAACUGUGUGGAUACCGACGAGUGCUCCAUUGGCAACCCCUGUGGCAACGGCACCUGCACCAAUGUGGUGGGAGGCUUCGAGUGCGCCUGUGAUGAAGGCUUUGAGCCAGGUCCCAUGAUGACAUGCGAAGAUAUCAAUGAGUGCGCGCUGAACCCUCUGCUCUGUGCCUUCCGCUGCAUCAACACCUUUGGCUCCUACGAGUGCACCUGCCCCUCUGGAUACGCCCUCCGAGAAGACAGGAGAAUGUGCAGAGAUCUGGAUGAGUGUGCAGAGGGAUUGCACGACUGCGAGUCUCGAGGGAUGCUGUGCAAGAAUCUCAUUGGCACCUUCAUGUGCAUCUGCCCCCCAGGAAUGCAACGCAGGCCCGAUGGAGAGGGCUGCACAGAUGAGAACGAGUGUCGCACCAAGCCUGGAAUCUGCCCCAACGGCCGCUGCAUCAACACGGUGGGAAGUUACCGCUGUGACUGCAAUGAAGGUUUUGAAGUCAGUCCCUCUGGCACAGAGUGUAUUGACACCCGCCAAGGAUUCUGCUUCACUGAAGUACUGCAAACCAUGUGCCAGAUGUCCUCCACCAACCGCAACCUGGUCACCAAAUCUGAGUGCUGCUGCAACAGCGGGCGCAGCUGGGGCCCCCAGUGUGAGCUCUGCCCCCUUCCUGGAACCGCCCAGUACAAGAAAAUGUGUCCUCAUGGACCAGGGUACUCCACUGAUGGGAGAGACAUCGACGAGUGCAAGGUUCUGCCCAACCUCUGCAAGAACGGACAGUGCAUCAACAGCAUCGGCUCCUUCCGCUGCCACUGCAGGCUGGGCUACACCGCGGAUAUCACGGGCACAGCCUGCGUGGAUUUGGAUGAGUGUAACCAGUCCCCUAAGCCAUGUAACUUCAUCUGCAAGAACACAGAAGGCAGCUACCAAUGCUCCUGCCCCCGAGGGUACAUUCUGCAAGAAGAUGGGAAGAUCUGCAAAGACUUGGAUGAAUGUGCCACCAAGCAGCACAACUGCCAGUUCCUCUGUGUGAACAUUAUCGGAGGAUUCAACUGCAAGUGCCCUCCAGGCUUCACUCAGCACCACUCCUCCUGCAUCGACAAUAAUGAGUGCACAGCUCAGCCCUCUCUGUGUGGAGCCAAAGGACAGUGUCUGAACACGCCAGGCAGCUACAACUGCGAGUGCCAGAAAGGAUUCUCCCUGGACAGCUCUGGUGUCAACUGCGAAGAUGUGGACGAGUGCGAUGGAAACCAUCGGUGCCAGCAUGGCUGCCAGAACGUGCUGGGAGGCUACCGCUGCGGCUGUCCACAGGGCUACGUGCAGCACUACCAGUGGAAUCAGUGUGUGGAUGAAAACGAGUGCUCCAGCCCCACCGCCUGCGGCUCUGCCUCCUGCUACAACACUCUGGGAAGCUUCAAGUGCGUCUGCCCAUCUGGCUUCGAUUUUGACCAAGCCUUUGGUGGGUGCCAGGACGUGGAUGAAUGCUCAGCAGGCGGCAGCCCCUGCAGUUACGGCUGCUCCAACACAGACGGAGGCUAUCUCUGCGGCUGUCCCGGCGGCUACUUCCGAGCAGGGCAAGGACACUGUAUUUCUGGCUUGGGUUUUGGGAAAGGUUCCUACCUUCCUGCUCCCCAAGAAGAAGAUGAAGACAACCUGCUCUCCCCUGAAACCUGCUAUGAGUGCAAGAUAAACGGCUACCCCAAGAGGGGUCGGCAGCGACGCAGUGUCAAUGGCACUGAGAAGCACCAGGAUCAUACUGUGAACUUGGCCAGCAUGGAUGUGGAUGCUCCUCUGUCCAUGAUGCUGAACCUCUCUGACCUGGCUCACAAGGAGCACAUCCUGGAGCUCCUGCCCGCUGUGGAGCCCCUGGAGAACCGUGUGCGGUACCUGAUUUCCCAUGGGAAUGAGGAUGGCUACUUCCGCAUCCACCAAAAGGAGGGGCUCAGCUACCUGCACCUCGGCCGCAAGAAAAUAGUGCCCGGCACCUACCUGCUGGAAAUCGUGAGCGUGCCCCUGUACCGCAAGAGGGAACUGCAGAAACUAGAGGCCAAGAACCACCUCAACUACUUAGCAGGGGAGCUGGGCCAAGCACUGAGGAUGAAGCUCCAGCUCCAGCUCUACUAACGUCCAUGAGAUCCACCCACCCAACCGACAGUACAGUCCUUAGCCUUGCCAUCCACACCUGGAAACAACUGCCUCUUCUCUCGCUGCACCCCCUGCCACCGCCUCCCCCACUGCACUGUACGACCGAUGGGAAAUGUCCCGCCGGGCUCAGCCCUCA